CUUGCGGAUUAUCACUUCAGCAUGAGGAACGGAAUUCACAUUUUGCUUGCUACCCUCCUUAUAAUGGCUUCAGUCUGUGAUCUACAGGUCCAGGCUGCUGCUCUAUCCCAUGGAGUGGAAGUCCACCUUGUACACCGUGUGAGAAGGUCUAUGCUGUGGCGCUGGAUUACCCAAAGACCUGUGGGCUCUAGCUGUAGGGAUCAUUCUGAAUGUGGCACAAACUACUGCAGGGAGUCUAUUUGCUCCUUCCAGGUAUUUUCAUCUUAAAUGAAUGGAAUUAAACUCCCAGGAAGACAUCUGUAUGGCUGAUAAAGGAAAUUAUGAAGAAGAACUUUCUUGAAUACAUAUCUCUAUCCAUCCAUCCCCUCUGGCUUCUAUGAAUUAAAACCCUCGGACUUGCAAACAGUAGAUAAACACUGAAAUACUCUACACAGCUUGUACAUUCUUCCUCUAUUUGCUACCUGUGAAAAUGCUUCUGCUGCUCCAAAGUGUCCACAUUUCAUAAAGUAUUUGGGUGUAUUAAGGCCAUGGGAGUUUCAGAGUGUACUUGCUCACCAUACAUGGGACUGAAAAUGUCUGAAAUCAGUACUUUGGGCAGCUGUACUGUUCUUUUGGAAUUGUUCGCUAACAGUACAGUAGGAUACAAAGAUUAUGUUUAGGCAGCUACAGCACCAAUGUUCUGUUUUAGGGAGUUUCAGUACUUUACUAUAUUAGUAAAUAAAAAGAGUUCUAAAUUCUGUCUCUUUGAAUUUAGUAUAAAUAAAAGGGAAAAAAGAACACACUGACUUUGCACAAUGACAUUUAAGAAAAACAAGUUCA